AUGUCCGACUUUGAGGAUCUAAAAAAGGCGACCGACAUUGACCCCAACGUCUGGUAUCAUCUGACCGAAGAAUGGGUGGACGAUUAUGACGGAGAUUUCGAGGGCAUGCUGCAAACACAAAAAGAGGAUAGCGGGGAUGAUGGGUUUCGCGUCUUUUCCGUUGCCAACAGGAAGACAUACUGGCAGUUUCAACCCAUAGGCAAGAAACCAGGCCGAUAUUCACUUCGCUGCUCCGAAACGACGACACGGAAACAGUUCGCCGUAUGUUAUCGUGAUUGGGAAUCGGUCGAGAACCGACGCACACGCGCCUGUCUAACCGACAGUGAUGGGACCGAGUCGCAACAAUGGGAUGUGUCUCUAUGGGGGACGAAUAAGACUGAAACAUAUUUAUUCACAAACGUCGCAAACGGCACCAAGUAUCACCUCGAUGUGAUUCCUGGUGCCGCCGUCUUUAUGAGCCCAAAUCUUGACGGAUACCAAAAAAGGCAGCGUUGGCUCAUGACCAGUGUCAAAGACGUUGACGAUGACGCCUACAGUACUGUUUUCACAAACCCCCCUCCCGAGUCAACACGUGAUGCAGGGACGACAACAGAUUCGUCUAGCAAUGCAGCCACAGACUCCGCCUCAUCCUCGUCCUCCGAUUCAGGUUCCAGCAGCCUCUCAGGUGGUGCGAUCGCAGGCAUCGCAAUAGGAGCCGUACUCGGCGUUCUCGCCUUCGCGUUGUUAGGAUUCUUUCUAUGGCGACGCAAGAGACGCAACAAUGGCUUUCCUGCUAAGCCUGAUGAGGCAAUGGGUAGCCACAGCGCACCUAUGGGAGACCAUUCCCAGUUUGCAGGUUACAAGACACCAAUCGAUAGAACUCCCAUAAAUUCUACAUCACCAGCACCACCGCCACUUCACGAAUUGCCGAGUACUCAGAACCCCGUUGAACUCCCUGCAGCCGAGCAGAGACACGAGCUGAGAUAG